GGGCGGACUAUAAAUUAUAGCUCAGCUAGCUAGCUAAGCUAUAUGGAGCGGGGAGGUGAUGGGAUUGUUUGAUGUAGCUUUAUUCUUCACGUUAGGAAUCAUACAACUAGGACUAUUUUUACUAUGGGGGAAGAUAAAGAAGAAAAUCAAGUCGAUUGUAAGCAGCGACAACGUCCGGUUAGAGACAACCCUGCAUGUCCCGAGAGGACGGUGAGUCGGUGAUCUUGCAAUACAUUUUUCUGCAGUGAUGACACACCAACACAAGUUCGGUUACUCUGGAGCUUCCAUGGAGAUCACCCCAUUGGAAUGAAGGACGAUGGAACGUUAUACCUUCCUCGAAGAGGAGCAGGGCCAUGGAGACGCUAUUACACACACACAACUAAUGUGUACAAGUUCAGCACCAUCGUAAACAACAAGGAGUACUACCUGGUGAAGCAGAACGGCUCCAAUCGAGUUUGUGGAAAGACACAUUUCUUCCGGGCAAUGAUUGUUGGCUUCAGCGUUCCAUUCAUGCGUAAUAAUAAUAUUUCUACUCCAAUUCUGGGAAGAUGGUGGCGAUAGUGAUGAUGGCAAGUUCUUAAUAAUUGAUCCUGCUGCCACACCUGAAGAUAAGUUCAAGCUAGGGGAUUACACGUUAGCAAAGACAAAUGGUAUGUUUGUAUACUGAUGUUUUAUUAAUGAAGAUUUGGAGAUAGUGCUGCUUUUGAAAACUGCAUGGUGUGUAACGGCAGCCAGAAACUGCUGUCAAGGUGUUCCAAUAAAGAUUGUCAGUGAGGUUGACUUCAAGACUUCUAUCCAUUAGAGUUGGUCAACCGCUCAAACACUCGAGGAUCAUUUUCUCUUCCCCAGCUGAACGGCCAAGCAACUCUGGAAAAUUGUGUUAUUCAUGUUUGGGACAGAGCUUGCAUGCAACUGGCAAACCCUAUUUGUGUACUAUAAUAAAGGCAGGAUAUUUCAUAUCCUUUGGACCCAGUUUAAGGGGAAUUCGUCCUGCCUUAUCCUGGUGUCAAUGAAUGGGGAGGAUCCCUGGGUAUUAUGCUUCAUAGUAGCUCUGAUCACUAUAAUUAUGAAUCAGCAAAAAAUAUGUAUUUAAGUGAAACUUGAUGUGUGUGUUUUGAGUGCACUGUUUCAGUACUGCAAGCGUUGGAUUAAGUCUCUGAAAUCUCUGAAUCUUCCGUUGUAUCGAAUGGCGUUCUCCAAUAAAGUG